AUGGCAACUGCGCGAGGAGUGAAAUUUGAGUAUGACCCAGACUUGUGUAUGCAGACUGGAGGUUAUGAUGCGGAGCUUUUUGUUGACCCCCCAGACCAUGACAUUAUCUGUACCAUCUGCCAGGGGGUGCUCAGAUGCCCAGUUCGUGCAGCCUGCCACCACAUAUUUUGCAAAAAAUGCAUUUUACAGUGGCUUAAGAGACAGGAGACUUGCCCCUGCUGCAGAAAACCUGUCAAUCAGAGCUUGAUUUAUGUGAUGUUCAAGCUCAGCAAGUCAAUUGGUCGUCUUAAGAUCAAAUGCAGAAAUGAAAUCCGUGGCUGCCAGGCUACCUUCCCUCUGUCUGAGCAGUACUGUCACAGCAUGGGCUGUAUGUUUGAACUGAUCUCGUGCCCGUACCAGGGCUGCCGAGCCCAGCUUCUGCGGAGGGACCUGGAGGCCCACUCCAGACACUGUGACUACUGGAAGCAGCCGUGUCACAUGGGCUGUGGCACGAUGCUCACGCAUCGCACUCAGGCCCAGCACAACUGUUACCGCCAACUGAGGCAAGAGUACGAAGCCAAACAGCAGAACCACCGGGCCAUUGCCGCUGCCCUCCAGAGGAAAAUGAAGAGGAUGCAGAGCACUAUGGCUCAUAUGAAGAGGCAGAUCAGCCUCAUAUGUGAGAGUUUGGAGGUGAUGGAUGACCUAGAGGAGGUAGAGGAGGAGGACACAGGCGAGAGUAGCAACAGUGGGAGCAACAGCAGUUCUUAA